AGACACAAACAGUAAGAUGGGUCGAUGUGAGCAGACAGGUUGCAUUUCAGGAGAGCCAGUCCCCGCUCCUCUCCUGUCCUCUCCUCUCCUCUCCUCUCUGCUCCUCUCCGCUCCUCUGCGCUCCUCCGCAGCGCCCCGCUCCGGCCGCCCGCUGCACUGCGAGGAGAAGCCGUGUGAGCCCGGUGAGCGACUGCCGCUGAAGACACAACACCGCUGUCUGCACUCAGCCUGACCUGCGACUGGCAAUGGACUACGUGAACAACACCUCCAACAGCUACACCUCCGGAGACACCAUGAGCUCCUCCUUAGCCAACAUGACCAUCAACGACCAGCACCACCAGGAGAACGGCGUCCAGAUGGGACACAGAAGCCCCGGAGACGCCAAAAUGAAAGAGGAUGAAGCGGCGCCCAGUGAAAGCGAGGUGAAAGCUGCGUCUGACCUCAGUGACGAGGCGGUGAAAGCCGCAGAGGCGCCCGCGGAGGAAGGCGCUGUCGGAGCCGAAGCGCCCGAGCUCCCCAAAAAAGAGAGCGCCUCAUGUGAAGACGAGGGGCAGCUCGCAGCAGGAGGAGCAGCUUCAACAGCUUCAGCAAAGAUGGAUAACGGCGCUGCAGAUAAGACUCAAACUACCACCAAACCAACCUCUUCCCUUAAAAGACCGUCCGUAGUCACCAGGGGCAACAAAACACACGCCUCUUCCCGAAACGGCCCCAGCUCCAUCCCCAUUAAAGCCAGCAGCACAGGGCCCAGGCAGCCCGGAAGUGCAGCUGCAAAGUCUCAAACCCCACCGGCCAAAACUUCUGCCAGAACUGCAGCUCAACCAGCUAGUGCCAAGAAACCUCCCACUCCAAAAAUUGAAAAAGAUAAGAGUGGACAGAGCAGCCCCGGCACCCCGAAAUCACCCGCUAGCCAAGCGAAGGCGGCGGCCGAGGCCAACAAGGUGAAAAAGGUCGCCGUGGUGCGUUCCACUCCGAAAUCCCCGGGCUCGCUGAAGACCCGCUCGCCGGCCCCUCUGGCUGCUGCGGCGCCCAUGCCGGACCUGAAGAACGUCAGGUCCAAGAUCGGCUCCACAGACAACAUCAAACACCAGCCUGGAGGUGGAAAGGUCCAAAUCCUCGAUAAGAAGCUGGACUUGGCUAACGUUCAGUCUCGUUGCGGAUCUAAAGACAACAUAAAGCACACGCCCGGCGGAGGCAAGGUACAAAUUCUUGAUAAGAAGCUGGACUUUACUAAUGUGCAGUCCCGAUGUGGCUCCAAAGAUAAUAUAAAACAUGUACCCGGUGGUGGCAAUGUUCAGAUUGUGCACAAAAAGAUCGAUUUGACCAACGUUCAGUCGAAAUGUGGAUCGAAAGAUAACAUCCGUCAUAAGCCAGGUGGCGGAAAUAUCGAGAUCAAAAAUGAGAAGCUGGAGUUUAAAGUUCAGUCGAAGAUCGGCUCCCUUGACAACAUCGGUCACGUCCCCGGAGGCGGACAGAAACGGAUUGAGAGCCACAAACUCAGCUUCCGCGAGACGGCGAAGGCCCGCACUGACCACGGCGCCGAGAUCGUCUCUUUGGAAGACUCCCCCCACCAGCUCAGCACCGUGUCCUCCUCCGGCAGCAUCAACAUGACCGACUCUCCGCAGCUCUCCACACUGGCCGACCAGGUGUCCGCCUCUCUGGCCAAACAAGGCUUGUGAACGCGCCCUCCACCUCCUCCACUUCCUCCAACCACACGACCACGUAGAGGAGUUUGUGAUGCCUUCCUCAUUAUUUUCACAGGACUUUUUUCGCUACCCAUCACUGCUGAUCCUUCACUAACCUAUGAAACUCUUCUUCAGGCAUUACUUGUAGAGAGAAAAAGAUUAACAAGUAGGCCAAAAUGUAUUUAAUUUCUCUCUGUGAUCUCUUAAUUUGCUAUUUCUACCUUUUGUAAGUCUCCCUUUAAGAGUCGAAGCAGAGCAAAUUUCUCCCUGUGAGUCUGAGGAUCUUCAUCCUGGUCAAAUCUGACGUCAUUCAACACUUGGUUUCCCGUCACAUUGACUGUAAACCCUUUAGGAAGUUAAGUUCCCUUCGCUGGGUGUCCCGGUAUUUUUUUUUUGAUAAAAAACGGAGGUUCAGUUUAUGCAGAAAGAACAGGGUACGGCGAGGGUGUGUCGGAGAUUGAAAACCGAAAGUAGCGAUUUUUUUUUCUUUUUCGUCAAGGCAGAAAAAAAGCUUUCAGACCUCAGUGCUGUCUUUGCUUUGUGUAGUCCCGACACGACGAGGGUGUAACCUAGUUUAAAAAAAAAUCAAAAAUAAAUUAAAAAAUCAGAACGGCUAGAGUAGAAACUUGGUUUGUGUUGGGCACAGUUUUAUAAUCGUACUCUGUGGAUAUAUGACAUGUAUUUGAUAUGAAGAAACAUUUGUAUCGUGCCUGCUACUGUCAGUGUUAAUUUUUUUUUUUGUUACUGCUGUAUUGUAAAUGCGCUCAAGCUUGAGGAAAAAUUAACCUUAAAGUGUAACUUUCAUGGCCAAAUUAUUCAGAGGAAUAGAGGAAAGUUCUUCAUCGAUUACUAGUAUUUAAACUGCUAUAUGCACAUACAGAGGUAGGUAGAAAAACAUUCAUCACGGUUAUUGAAAAGUAUUCUUAAAGCGAGGCUACGUAACGAUUAGAUGCUAAAUGCUAUUAUUUAUCAUUUAGCUAAAAGUCAUGAAGUUCCCAUAAACCCAGUAGCAGCGAAUAAAAUCCCAUCGGUGUGUCUAAAUAAAGGUGCUUCUUACAAAUUUGACUUUUUAUUUAGAAAAAGAAAAUUAUUUCCUCUCUCCAACGUUACUUAGUCUCACUUUAAAGGCUGGAAAAAAAUGUAGUAUUUUAAAAUGUACUCCAGAAUGGAUAUUGCAAAGUGGAUGGAUGGAUGAAGGAUGGAUGACGGGUGGAUGGGUGUCAGGUUUUUUGGGUCAAGUUGAGAUGAAGGAAAACUGCGCAGUAAUGGGUUAAUAAUGCGGCGUGGCAGUUUUAAUCAUUACAUCUGUGUCUGUACCUGAGCACCGAACGCAGGAUUCAUCACGACGUGACUCGGCUGGUUGUUUUUUUAUCUUCGGAGGUGAAAUACACGCGGAAGUUACAUGGCCAAAAGUAUAUGGACACCUGGAAUACGCCUAAAUGUUGGUUUUUGAGCGACUAAGUACGAUAUUUGCUUCAGUAACAGCGUCCGCUCUUCUGGUUUUUGGGUUUGGCGUCACGUUUUGAGAAACAUUUUGCGCUCUUUUUGGCUUGUUCGAUUUGAGUACUUUCUAAAGGCCUAAAGAGGUGAAAUAAUCCAUCAUUUCACAGGCGUAAAAGCAAAUAUUAGCGAAAAACACGCAAUAGUGAACACAAUUUGCCUAAAAUUAACCAACGAAGGCAACGAGAACGCGCCAAUCAGAGCUGAACUGGAAGUUAGCCGUUCAGUUUUCGAAAGUCUGCCGCGUGCUUGCUGUACUGGCAUUAAGCAAAAGUUAGCAGAAAAUAUGCAAAACUAAACAUGACUUGCUUAAACCGAACCAACGCAAUUAAGGCAACGAGUACAAGUCAACCAGAAGACGAGUAGCGCCAUUUUAGGACAACAACAACAGAAACGGUCAGCAGGUCCUGAAGAAGCGCGCCAAGCUUUAAAGCCAAACAGAGAAAUUACAAGUUUCAGGUUCAUCGCAGUACUGAGCGUACAAAAACUUGCGAAAUGGCUCAUUUUCUGAUCACAAGUUAAUUAAUUUGAUCUGAGAACAUUUCAAAAGUUUACAAGAACUUCAAGAUUAAAUCAUUUUAUCUGAUUUCGAGUUAGCGGAGGGCUAAACCAAAAAUUUGGCUCGCGAAAGUAAAUAAUGUGAGAGAUUUGGCUUUUUUGCACCAAUUAGCAUAUGUACCGCCUGUAAUUUAUCUUAAUUGGAACUUAAGGCAUCUACUGAAACUAUGAAAAAACAAAACACGAAAAUUGCAGUAACCUAUCACGGUUGUCCACAAACUUUUGGCCACAUAGUGUAUUCCAUAUCAGGAGACAGGGCUGCAGAUCAGAAAGGAUGUGAGGGAGUUAAACUGUUUACUGUAAAGAUUUUUUUUUUCGUUAAAUGAAAUGAAUGCAACCAGCUGUUUUCCUCAAUUUCUAACGAGAACAACGUUCCCUUAAAAAUAUACACGUGCUCAAAAAAACCAAAAAAAAACGUCCUAAUGUUAAUCAAUAUUCCUGAUCAAUCAUCACUAUUACUCGCAUUAAUAUUAAGUGAAACAACUUCUUGCAUGCACCUCAUGUAAGAGUCUGCUUGUUGCCUCCCCUUUCACAAAGUGGUCUCUUCGUAUAUCCUGUUUUAUAAUCGCUUUCUGGAUUUGGAAGAUCGAGACUUAAAGACAAAAAAAAAGGUUAUUAAGAGUCGAAGCACUUUGCACCCGGCCGUGUACGUUUGCUGCCAACGUAGAUAUAAAAGUUUUAUCUCUAUGAUCGCAAAGAUGCUCAUUUCAGUCUGCAGACAGGACUUAAGGGUGUGCUUGCAACAUUAUCUGCAUGCUAAAUUUUGAUUUUUCUCAAACAGACCACAUUCGUCUCAGCGUGCAGGACAGACGUGAGUGCUGAGGGACGGGAGCCGCUCCCAGAGCGUGAAGGAGAUUAAAGUGUGCGGUAUAAUGUGCUUUUUUUCGGUGGGUCCUCUCAUGUCGGAGAGGUUUUUUUCUUCUGCAGUAACAAAAACUCAUCACCCUCUUUUUUUUGGUUACUUCUGACGCUGUACAGUUGUGGAAAUGUGAUUGUUCUCGUUAUUGUGCAUUUGAUCAAUAACUGGUUUAUGAUGAUUCUUGUUGCUGUAUAUGUGUAUUUGAAAAUAAAUGCUAUGAAGUCACUGUUGUUGUGAAAGACUGAAACACAAGAAGUGUCGGAAAUCACUCCCCGUUCACCACCUGCUGCGUUCAAGUCAACGCCGACAUUUCAUUUUGAUUGUUUAUUUAAUUGCAACGCAAAGUUGAAUUUACUCGCCGUACUGCACCAAAAACACAAUUUACUCGCUAAAUUGCACCCACAGUUAAAUGUACUCAGUAUAUGGCGCCCAAAAUUGAAUUCGCAGCAGUUGAACUGAUACAAAUUGUGUCCAAAAUUUGAAAUGUACUGCUCACUUGAGUAAAUAUUUCCGGGGGUGGAGGACGUGAUUUCCGGCAGGUUUUUGAAAGACUUGAGGCCAGAACAGUUAUGCCAAGUUAAACAUAAAUGUUUUAAUGGUACUAUUUACAAAAAAGAAAAAAAAACAAUUCUGCUUUUUGAUUAGGUUAACUGCUGCAACAAUCGAACAGGUACAUUGACAUCUUGCUUAAACUACAAAAGAAAAAAAAACAGUGAUUGAAUGGCUGUGGCAUAAAAAGGAGGUGUAAAAUGAAAACAACCAUAGUCUUUUUUUGCAUAGCAAUUAGUUACUUGAGGGGGAGGGGGAGGGGGGGGGUGGUUAUGAUGUCGGUGGGGUGGCAAAAAACAAAAUUUAUCUUGCGACAGUAGAUCUGAUCAGAGUGGAACUAUUGAACAGCAGAAAAUAUUCCCUUAAACUGUAAAAACCUGAGCUCGGGGUGGCUUCUAGCUGAGAGCUGCUACAUUUGAAAUGUUUGCAAGAGAAAAGUUGUCAAGUUGAACCAGAAAAAAGAGGAAGUGUGGAAGGGGG